AUGAAGUUGAUUUUAGUGGUCUUGCAGCUGGUAUUUCUUCCUCACGUGGUAUGCAAAGUUUGCAAUGUUCAAUGCAGGGUCCCUAGUCCUCAUCCUCCGCCUCAAAAGUACCAUCAGCCAGGAGAUCUUAUCAUUGGUGGAAUUGUCUCUCAGGCUCGCUUCAUCUCCAGCUCAUUCACCUUCACUGAAGAACCCCCUCCAGCAUUACUGGAAGAGCUUGUCAUUGUGCCUAAGAACUACCAACACAUCUUGGCCUUGGAGUAUGCGGUGAAGGAAAUCAAUGAAAACUCACAGCUCUUACCCAAUGUCACCUUGGGUUUCCACAUCUAUGACAGCUAUUUAAGUGCAAAGUGGACCUUUCAGGCCACUCUGCUAUUUCAAUCCACUCUAGACAGGUUUGUCCCCAAUUUCAGAUGUGGCGUCCAGAAUAGUCUGACAGCAGUCAUUGGGGGACUGGACUCUGAAGUAUCCCUUUACAUUGCAACCAUCUUGGAUAUCUAUAAGAUUCCACAGCUCAUUUAUGGUUCUGCUCCUGUGAUGAAUGAUAAGACCCCAGGCCUUUCCUUCUACCAGAUGGCACCUCCGGAAGGCCAACAGUACAUGGGGAUUCUCUCUUUGCUGCUGCAUUUUAGAUGGACGUGGAUUGGGGGCAUUGUUAUGAAUAAUGACAUUGGAGAAAGAUUUGCACAUAUUGUAGUUCCCCUGUUUUCCAAGAAUGGUAUCUGCUUUGCUUUCCUAGAAAAAAUCCCCAGUUUUAAUUUUGUCAGUAAAAUUAAUGAUAUGCUAGAAAUGGUAGCAAAAAUUCAUGAUACCAUAACUGACAGCAAAGCCAAUGUAGUGGUAGCCUAUGGGGAAUCAUAUUCCAUGACCAUUUUCAGAUGGUUUCCAUAUGUAUCACAACUCGAACACAUGAGCGAGAAUCCAAAAGGUACAGUAUGGAUAACGACAGCACAAGUGGAGUUCACUUCAUUGGUCUAUCAAAGAACAUGGGAAACUGAAUCAUUCCAUGGAGCUCUGUCUUUCAAAAUUCACUCCAGUAAUAUACCUAGUUUUCUGCAAUUUGUUGGAAGCAGAAUCCCAUCCAACAGAAGAGGAGAUAGUUUUAUAAUGCCAUUCUGGCAACAAACAUUUGGCUGCACGUUCCCUAAUGUGGUUGUGGAUAAUGUGAGUGGAGACAUUUGUACAGGGCAGGAGAAGAUGGAAAGCCUUCCGGGAACUUAUUUUGAAUUAUCCAUGACUGGUCACAGCUACAGCAUCUACAAUGCUGUCUAUGCUGUGGCCCAUGCUUUACAAGAUAUGUCCUCAUCUGUACCCAAACGGAGAGGAAUGGUGAAUGAAAGAGGAUCAAAGCUUCAAAAUCAACAACUCUGGCAGCUCCAUCGCGUUCUCAGAGAUGUUUCAUUUAACAACAGUGUGGGGGACAAAGUAUUCUUUAAUGAGAAUGGAGAGGUAGUAGCUGGAUUGGAUAUUGUCAACUGGAUUCUGCACUCAAACCAGUCCUUUCAUCUUGUGAAAGUUGGGAGCAUUGCCGACCAAGCAUUCACUAUCAGAGAUGAUGGCAUAACAUGGCACAACUGGUUUAACCAGACGCAGCCUCUUUCCAUAUGUACCGAGAGUUGCCACCCUGGGUCCAGCAAGAAGGUGAAGGAGGGGGAGCCAUUCUGCUGCUAUGAUUGCAUCCCGUGUCCAGAAGGGAAGAUUUCAGAGCAGAAGGAUAUGAACGACUGCCAGAAAUGCACAGAUGGGAACUAUCCAAACAAAAACCAGGAUUUCUGUGUUCCCAAGACUGUAACCUUCUUGUCUUAUGAAGAACCAUUAGGGAUCAGUUUAGCUUGUUUUUCUCUGUCCUUUGCUUUGAUCACAGUUCUGAACCUAGGAACAUUUAUGAAGCACCAUGACACUCCCAUCAUCAAAGCCAACAACCGUGACCUCACCUACAUUCUCCUCAUCUCCCUCUUGCUCUGCUUCCUUUGUGCUUUACAGUUUAUUGGCCGACCUGAGAAGGUGACGUGUCUCCUGAGACAAACAGUUUUUGGAAGUGUCUUCUCUGUGGCUAUUUCUUGUGUCUUGGCAAAAACCAUCACAGUGGUUCUUGCAUUCAUGGCCACCAGGCCAGGAUCCAGGAUGAGGAAGUGGAUGGGGAAAAAGCUAACUAACACCAUUGUUCUUUCCUGCUCUGUUAUUCAAGUAGGCAUUUGUACUAUAUGGCUGGCAACCUCUCCUCCAUUCCCAGAUGCUGACAGGCACUCAAUGACUGAAGAAAUUAUACUAGAAUGUAAUGAGGGGUCUGUGACUCUGUUUUACUCUGUUCUUGGCUACAUGGGCUUCUUGGCCAUUGUCAGUUUCAUUGUGGCAUUCCUUGCCAGGAAGUUGCCGGACAGUUUCAACGAAGCCAAGUUUAUAACUUUCAGCAUGUUGGUUUUUUGCAGUGUUUGGUUGUCCUUUGUUCCAACCUACCUGAGCACCAAGGGAAAAUACAUGGUGGCUGUGGAGAUCUUUUCCAUUUUAGCCUCCAGCGCUGGCUUGCUGGGUUGCAUCUUUUCCCCCAAAUGCUACAUUAUUAUUUUGAGACCUGAGCUGAACAACAAGGAACAGCUAAUAAGAAGAAAAGAAUGA